UUUCUCACUGUGUGUUUAUUUCAUGAACUUAGGCGAUAAAAGCAAUAACGAGAUUCUCUUCUUAAACUUUAACCAAGACUUUAGUUGUAUAUCGAUUGGUACUCAAAGAGGUUAUCGCAUUUACAACUGUGAUCCUUUUGGCAAAUGUUACUCUCAAGCUGCGGGAGGAACAGGUAUUGUUGAGAUGUUGUUUUGUACAUCACUUGUUGCUUUAGUGGGUGCUGGAGAACAUCCUGCAUUCUCUCCUCGACAACUUCAAAUUAUCAACACCAAGAGACAAACAACUAUAUGUGAACUAUCUUUUCCUACAUCUAUUCUUGCUGUAAAAAUGAACAGAAGAAGACUGAUUGUAGUCCUAGAAGAGUUGAUAUUUUUAUACGAUAUCAGCAAUAUGAAAUUAUUGCAUACGAUUGAAACAAACCCAAAUCCCAAUGCUAUCUGUGCCUUAUCUCCCUCAAGCGAGAAUUGCUUUAUUGCUUAUCCUGCCCGGUCUUCUUCUUUACCUUUUUCUCCUCAUCAUGGUUCAUCCAAUUAUUUGUCGGGUGAUGUCGAGUUAUUUGAUGCUCUUGGUCCUCAAACGACCAAUAUUGUACAGGCACAUAAAUCACCUAUCAGUUGUAUUUCAAUGAAUUCAGAGGGUACUUUAUUAGCCACAGCCAGUGAAAAGGGAACGGUCAUUCGCAUCUUCUCUACAUUAGAUGCUACCAAAGUAUAUCAGUUCAGACGUGGAACUUAUGCUGCUAAAAUCUAUAGCAUGUCAUUUAACCUUGUCAGUUCUCUUUUGUGUGUCUCGAGUGAUACAGAUACAGUUCAUAUCUUUAAAUUAGCAUCCAAUGGUAGUCCUGGAUUAACUCAUGGCAAUGGCUAUGGUAAUGGUGCAUUUUAUGCCAAUGAUAAUCAACAACAAAACCAACAACAAAACCAACAACAAGCUCAACAAGAUAAAGAACCAAGAGGAAGAAGCUCCAGUGUUGGUCAAAUAUUGCGUCGAUCUUCUAUGCAUUUAGGUCGUAAUUUGGCUGGCAGCAUGGGUUCUUAUUUGCCAGAUAUGUUGACUGAAAUGUGGGAACCUACUCGAGAUUUUGCUUCUUUGAAAUUACCAAGUGCUGGUGUACGAAGCUUAGUUGCUCUUAGCAGUACUACACCUCAAGUCAUGGUAGUUACUUCUGAAGGUUACUUUUAUCAAUACAAUAUUGAUUUAGAGAGUGGAGGCGAAUGUGUACUUCUCAAACAAUAUAGCUUAUUAGAACCCGCAGAUGAUAAUGCUAGUACUGAUCUAUAAUAUUCCCCCCCCUCUAUUUUAUAUAAACGUCUUUUUUCUUUUUGACAGAACCCAAGUCUUCAAUAGCCUUUGUAUCUAAUG